AUGGUAACUAAUAUCAAGGACACCAAGGGAUGCCCAAAAGAAUUAACACAGCUAAACACUUUUCGGCAAUUUCCUCUUCUAUGCAAAACACAGCCAGCAUUAGCUAUUGUAGCUUAUGAAGGUAUUUUGGAAGCUAUGGAUGAGUGUAGACAACAAAUGAAGUUUGAACGUUGGGAUUGUUCUCAUUCUGGGACUAUAUUGCACGAACCUGCACUUACUAAACAUUCACUCCCCGAAUCUGCCUAUUUAUGGGCUAUUUCUGCAGCUGGUGUUGCUUGGGGAAUUGCUACAGCUUGCGCACAGGGAUGGCUAGAUGAGUGUAGAUGUGUUAAUAAUAUGGGGGAAUUAAAAAGUAAAACAACAAAUCAAGUUAGAAGAAUAUCAGAAUGGGAUUGGGGAGGUUGUUCAUAUGGUGUUCAAUACGGAGUUGUUACCUCCAGAAAAUUGUUAACACGAACAUCAAGUUUUCAUAACGGAAAACCAAACAAUCAACAAUUGUUGCGCAAGUUGGAAAAACACAACUUAAAAGUUGGAAGAAUGGCUGUUAGAAGAACUUUAACAUCAUCGUGUACUUGCCAUGGUGUUAGUGGAAGUUGUCAACAAAAGACAUGUUGGAAAAAGACAGCAGAUUUAAAUUCUAUUGCCAGACAUUUAGCACAUAAAUAUAGGACCGCUAAAGUUGCGAGUUUUUUGCCCAAUGGACAACUUAACGUAUAUACCGACAACGGAUUGAAUAUUUGUUCCCAAUUUCAUUACGAUCAUCAAAGAAAACGGUCCCUACCUCGUAUCUGUAGUUGGAGGAAUGCUACCUACACUGAAGGGGAUUGUACUAAUUUGUGCUGUGGGAAGGGGUAUACGGUCUCGCAUCAAGUUGUUCCCUAUAAAUGCCAAUGUAAAUUUAUUUGGUGUUGCAGAGUGGAAUGCAAGGAAUGUUUGGAACAUAGAUGGGUUUCUACUUGUAAUACUUGA